AAAAAUGCGCGUUAACAUUAACAAAUCAUCACACAAUCAACUACAGUUUUAAUUACAACACACGCACUGUACUAGCUCCAGUAAGCAAAGAGUUCAAAGAAAAAAUGGUUAGUCAAAAUACUAUACAUCCAACCCAGACUAUUAAUUUUAAUUUUUUAAACUCUUUAACUCUUCCACAGAAAACCUUUAUUUUAGCCUGCUUUUUGGUAGCCUCCGCUUCCGCUGCUUUCAUACCCAGCGCGCAAAGACAACGCCGCGACGUAUCCGAAUUACAAGCACCAGCGUACAGUUAUUUACCGCCACAAGAAAAGCUUCUACUGCCCGAAACGGAAGUAACCACUGAAGCCAUAACCGAAGCACCAACUACCUUAGCACCUGCUUCAUCUGUUUUGGGUCCAAAUGGCUACGAAUACCGUACCGUACGUCGUUUGAAAUACCGUUAUCGCAACCGUCGUGAUGUUUCUCACUUAGCGCAACACUAUUUACCACCCAGCAACGAGUACUUGCCACCAGCUGGUGCUGACAAACUCAGCGAACCUGCACAUUUGCACGAUCAUCAACAUGAACACGAACACGAGCAUGAACACGAACCUGAACAUGAACAUAACCACAAUAACGAUGAUCCUGCACCAGCAGUUGCUAACGAAUAUUUGCCACCACAUGAAGAGCAUCCAAGUACUGAAGCUGCACCUUUACAAGGUACCGAUGAAAGUGAAGUUCCUUUGGCUGAAGUACGCGAUAUUGAUAAUAACGAACCCGCCGCUACUAAUGAUGGUGAACCCAUUACCGAAGAAGCACCACAAGACACAGCUAUACUCGCUGAUGAUGGUUAUCACUAUAAGCAACCAGCACAAGCACCUGAACUUAGCCCAGCACCUGAAGCUGUUGUGGAAUACUUGCCUCCCACAGAAGAUGAAGCCGCACCAAAAGAUAUUGUUGCCGAUGAACCAGCUGAGGAAGCACCUGAAAAAGUGGCAGCUGAAGAAAUACCUGAUGAAUCCAUUGUUGUAGAAUCUGCUGAGCCUGUUGCUCCAGAAUAUUUACCACCAGUUGAAGAUGUUGCUGAGGUAAAGUCUGCACCAGUUGGUGAAUACUUACCACCAUUAGAAGAAGGUGUUGUCGUUGCUGAAGGUCCAGAGGAGUCUGCUAUUUUGGCUGAUGAUGGCUACCAUUACAGAGCUAUUAAACGUUUAAGGUUUUAGAUUUUUUCUUAAAACUGUUGAACUCGCGUGAUCAUGUUUAAUAUUAUUUUCCCUUUCCUAUUCAUUUCGAA